CUCUGAUGGCGAACACAUCAAUUCUCAAAGUGCUGUUUUUCGAUGUCUUUGGAACGGUUGUAGAAUGGCGUCAUUGUGUCGCCAACUCUCUGAGGGAAGCUGCUGAGUGCGCAUUGCGAGACCCCAGGAAAACACUCUCGUCCGCUCUGCGUGCCCGCGCGACGGCCAUAACCUUUGACCCAACCCAAGCUUUUGUCUCCGUUGAUGAACACCAUUUCCACUCCAUCCAGAAGCUGCUCCACGAGCAGAACUUAAAAGGACUGUUCACCGAGGAUGAACUAUGGGAGCUUGUUCUUACCUGGCACCGACUCGAGCCGUGGCCUGAUUCAGUCAAUGGCCUUGAAUUGCUCAACCGCCGUUUCCGGACCUGCACUUUGUCCAAUGGCAAUGUCUCUCUCUUGAAGGACCUCCAACGCCAUGGAUCUCUGCCCUUCACGGAUAUUGUCAGUGCUCAACACUUUGGGGCAUAUAAGCCGUCGCCACAGGUGUACACUGGCGCAGCAAAGCGCUUUGGACUGGAUCCCCGCAAUUGUGCAAUGGUGGCUGCACACCUUUAUGAUCUGAAAGCCGCCAAAGCCCUAGGAUUUGUGACCAUUUAUGUGGAACGAAAUGAGGAGAGUCUCACUCCUCAAGAGAUUGCUCAAGCCAAAGAGCAGUAUGUGGACGAGUGGGUCGAUGGUGCCACGGAUGGAUUGAUUGAGGUCGCCCGGCGCCUAGGCAUUUUCUGA